UGUGUAUUUCCAUUGCUUUUUCAGUAGUUCUGAGAGCAAAGAUAUCAAAACAACAACAACAACAACAACAACAACCAUGCAAACCAAGCGAAUCAUGGCAAACGCACCCAGCGUCAAGCUCGUCGCGCCGUCCCUGAACAACACCUCGAUGUUGUCGAUGAACACGCCGUCGUUUGCGUCGUUCGCUUUGAAUAAUAUGGCAGACGGCGCGCAGACGCCCGAGCUCGCAAAGUGGCUCAACGACCACUCGCUCAACUCGGAGGACAUUCUGAACGUCUCGGUCUUGCCCGAAAACACUGCUAACAAUACCAAUACUGCUGCCAUGUCGUCGCUGCUCAAGUCGGCCGUGGUCACCCCGCAUCCCCACCAGCAGACGGCGGCGUUGAUGAUGCAUUUUACCGCGAAAACCUCCGCUCUGUCGCCCCCGAAGACCGCCGCAUACGACCACCACUCCUCGGACUCGGAGGAGUCGGUGGCCACGAGCAGCAACAGCAGCACAACCAACCAGCGACGACGCCGCGCGCAGCAGGACGACAACGACGAGCUGGCUGCUCAGAGCAAGCGUGUCCGCGUUCAAGUUUCCGGAACCGCUGCUGGCAACGACGACGACGACAACGACAACGACAACGAGGCCGAUUCUGCCGACGACACUGACUCUGCCUCGUCCGUGUUUGAGGAUGCGCAAGAGGGCUUUGUAUCGCUGAUGGCUGCGAACGGCAUCAAGGCGUCGGCCACGGCGUUCAACCCCGCCAUGAUGAACCACAUCUCGGCGGCGCAGGUGUCCUUCUGCCCCGCCCCCAUCACUGCCGGCACGGUGCCCUUCUACUCGCCCCCGUCGAGCGAGUGCGAUCUGGGCGAGCUGCCGUCGCUCAACGCCGUGCUCAGCCAGGCCAACUCUGCGCUCGCCUCCUCUGCCAGCACCAUCUCGGGCGUGAUUGCCGGCGACUCGCACUCGUACAUUGCCUACUCGAGCCCCCAGGAGUACGACAACGAGCCCAUGGCCCCUCGCAAGCGCCGCCGUCCCGCCACCACCGAGGAGGAGCGCCAGUCGCGCCGUCGCGAGCGCAACCGCGUUGCCGCUGUCGUUUGCCGCCAGCGCAAGCAGCGCAACGAGGCGGAUCUCAAGGACCGUGUCGGCAUGCUCACCCGCGACAACGCGCAGCUCCUCAGCAGCGCCACUCAGCUGCGCCAGACCAUCAUUGUCCUCAAGAACGCGCUUCUGCGCCACCACCGCACCUGCACCGAUCCCGAGAUGGAGCUGGCCAUCAGCUCGCUCGACGUGGCGACUCCGGCCAGCAAUGUCCCGCUGAUUGCCAUGUAAAACCUUUAUUUUCUUUUCUUCCUGAUGCUUAGAGUGUGGAUUUGCUCUAUGGCUAUGACCGUUUUCAUCGAUUUAUACUUUUCUAGUUGGCUGUCAAUAUUGCUGAUAUGUGAAGAUUGCUUUGUGUUGUUAAUGCCCCCCCCCGCCUUCAGUUUUUUUACCAAAAUGUACUUUUACCCCCUCGUUUU